AAUGGGGGCGGUUCGACGGCUCAAGGCUGGCGGCGUUGGCGGCGGCUGCGCCUGUUUCCCCGCCCACGACCCAGUCUGUGCCCGUCCUGGAGAAACAGGGAACAAAACAAAAAAGGAAGUGGUCAGUCCCACCGGCUGGCUGUGGAGUAAUUUUCGCAGCUCCUGCUUCGCCGUGUCGGAAUCGGAUCUCCCGCAACCCUUCCUUGGCUGGAGAGUUGGGGUGCCCGCAAAAAAAUAAAACCAAAUCCCAAGGGGGGAGCUUGGAAGGACCCGUCUCUACAGGGCAUCUGCUGGGCAUCGCUUUUGCUGGCCAUGGCUGGGUUCUGGUUGUUUUUGCUCGUGGGCCGCCUACUGGCGCCGGGCAGCGCCUUCAACCUGGACGUGGAGAGCCCAACUGUUUACUCCGGUUCCGAAGGGAGUUACUUCGGCUUCGCGGUGGAUUUCUUCGCCCCGGAUCUCUCCUCGAUGUUUCUCCUUGUGGGUGCUCCAAAGGCAAACACAACUCAACCUGGGAUUGUGCAAGGAGGCCAGGUGCUCAAGUGUAACUGGAACCCCAACAGAAGAAACUGCCAGCCGAUUGUAUUCGAUGCCACAGGCAACAGAGAUUUUGCGAAAAACGAUCCUCUGGAAUUCAAGUCCCAUCAAUGGUUUGGCGCAUCAGUGAGAUCGAAAGAUGACAAAAUUUUGGCGUGUGCCCCAUUGUACCACUGGAGAACAGAACAGAAAGCAGAGAGGGAACCUGUAGGAACAUGUUAUCUUCAUGACGGGUCCAAAGCUUUUGAAUACGCUCCCUGCAGGUCAACAAGCAUUGACGCUGAAGGACAGGGCUUUUGUCAAGGUGGAUUCAGCAUUGACUUUACUCAGGGAGAUAGAGUACUUCUUGGAGGACCUGGAAGUUUUUACUGGCAAGGCCAGCUCAUUUCUGAUAAAGUGGCUGAGAUUGUGUCAAAAUACAACCCUAAAGUCUACACUACCAAGUAUGACAGCCAGUUAGCAACGCGGUCGGCCAAUGCUGCUUUCGAUGACAGCUACUUGGGUUAUUCAGUAGCUGUGGGAGAUUUCAGCCAUGAUGGCAUAGAAGAUUUUGUCUCUGGGGUCCCAAGAGCAGCAAGAACUUUGGGCAUGGUGUCUAUUUAUAAUGGAGACACCAUGGCGUCCAUGUAUAACUUUACUGGAGAGCAGAUGGCUGCAUAUUUUGGAUAUUCUGUAGCUGCCACAGAUAUCAAUGGGGAUGAUUACACAGAUCUACUCAUAGGAGCCCCACUCUUUAUGGAUCGUGGUUCUGACGGCAAACUUCUUGAAGUGGGACAAGUUUCUGUUUAUCUCCAACAAGCCACUGGAGGCUUUCAGAGUCAGGCCAUGAAGCUGAACGGCUUCGAGGUUUUUGCAAGGUUCAGCAGUUCAAUUGCACCUUUGGGAGAUCUUGAUCAGGACGGCUACAAUGACAUCGCAGUUGCUGCCCCUUAUGGUGGAGAAGACAAGAAAGGGCUGGUUUACAUCUACAAUGGGAGAGCUACAGGUUUGAAUGGGAUGCCAUCUCAGGUCCUUGAAGGACAAUGGGCCUCUGAGACAAUGCCACCAAGCUUUGGCUACUCACUGAAAGGAGCUACCGACGUGGACAAAAAUGGCUACCCAGACUUGAUUGUAGGUGCUUUUGGUGCUGACAAAGUUGCCUUAUACAGGGCACGGCCAGUCAUUACAGUAAAUGCUGGACUAGAAGUCACCCCAACCAUUCUAAAUCCGGAAGACAAAUCCUGUGAACUGAAUGAAAAUGGCCAGAAAGUUUCUUGUUUUAAAGUAAAGUUCUGCUUAAAAGCGGAUGGCAAAGGAAGUCUUCCCAGGGACCUCACUUUCCAUGUGGAGCUGCUGUUGGACAAGCUGAAGCAAAAAGGUGCCAUCAGGAGGGCGCUGUUUCUCCACAACAGGCAACCGGUCCACUCAAAGAACAUGACUGUCCCCAAAGGGGGUCGAAUGAGCUGUGAAGAACUUCAGGCAUUUUUAAGGGACGACUCCGAAUUUAGAGACAAGCUUACUCCAAUCACCAUAUUCAUGGAAUAUCAGCUAGAUUACAAAACGGCUAUGGACUCUACUGGCUUGCAGCCCAUCCUCAACCAGUUCACUCCUGCAAACGUUAGCAGACAGGCUCAUAUUCUUCUGGACUGUGGCGAGGACAAUGUCUGUCGUCCGGACUUGCAAGUGGCUGUGGACAGUGAUCAGAAGCAGAUCUAUAUUGGGGAUGAGAAUCCUUUAACCCUGGUUGUCAAUGCCGAGAACCUAGGAGAGGGAGCCUAUGAAGCUGAACUCUUUGUUACCGUCCCACCUCAAGCAGACUUCAUUGGCAUAGUUCGCAACAAGGAGGAUUUGGCAAGGCUUUCAUGCGCAUUUAAAACUGAGAAUAAAACCCGGCUCGUUGUCUGCGACCUUGGGAAUCCAAUGAAAGCAGGAACAAAACUUUCAGCCGGCCUCCAUUUUAGUGUUCAUCAGGAAUCUGAGAUGGACACCUUUGUGAAGUUUGAUCUACAGAUUCGUAGCUCUAACAUGUACAACAACCUAAGCCCUGUGACAUCUUAUCAGGUGGACCUGGCCAUCUUAGCAGUUGUCGAAAUCAGAGGGGUUUCUUCUCCGGAUCAUCUUUUUCUCCCAAUUCCUAAUUGGCAACCCAAGGAGAAUCCAGAAACAGAGGAUGACAUCGGGCCUCUGGUUCAACACAUCUAUGAGCUCAGAAACAAUGGCCCGAGUGCUGUCAGCAAAGUGAUGCUCAAUCUUCAGUGGCCUUACAAGUAUAACAACAACACCCUGUUGUAUAUUAUGGAAUAUGAAAUUGAAGGCCCCAUGAACUGCACUUCCGAUAUGGAGAUUAACCCGCUAAAAAUUAAGAUGUCAACGCCUCACCAAGAUGAAAAGAAUGAAACAACGAAUGGAGGAGAUAGCCGCAGUCACAAUGUUAACCGGAGGGACCUAAGCGCAGCUGAGGGAGAUGUACAAACUUUGGGCUGCGGAACUGCAGAAUGUUUAAAGAUAUUCUGCCAAGUGGGUCGCCUAGAGAGGGAGAAGACGGCAAUUCUGUAUUUAAAAUCUCGCCUUUGGACUCAGACUUUCAUGAACAAAGAAAACCAGAACCACUCCUAUUCUCUCAAAUCAUCCGCUUCCUUCAGCGUUAUCGAGUUCCCUUACAAGAAUCUUUCCUUUCCCGAAGAUGUCCACAAUUCUACAAUAGUUACCACGAAUAUCCUGUGGGGUAUUCAGCCAGCACCCAUGACCGUGCAAGUCUGGGUAAUCAUACUAGCCGUCUUAGCAGGAUUAUUACUUCUGGCACUUCUAGUCUUUAUAAUGUACAGGGUGGGUUUCUUCAAGCGUGUGCGGCCACCUCAGGAAGAACAAGAAAGGGAACAGCUGCAGCCGCAUGAAAAUGGAGAAGGAACAUCAGAGGCCUAAGCAGUGUUUUAGCUGUGUCAUUUACCAAAAGGUUCAGAAUGGUCAACAACUUCCUUUUUUAAAAAAAAUGUGUAUUUUUUCUGCCUUGAGGGACAGACUGUCUAGAAUUGCACUGCAGGUGUCUUCUGGCAUUUACAGUAGUCAGAGGUUAAUUGCAAAAUGAGAGCAAUAUGUUAGCCUCCCUCCUAUUUAAUCCUGUUCACAUACGUGACUAAUACAUGUGCACUGAUGAGCAUAUUUUUAGUGCCACAGCCUUGCUUAUCCGGCUCCGGAAGGCUAAAGACAUAAAAUGUGUUGAUUGGUACAACUUGAACUGCUAGCAAGAGUUUGAAGACCUGCAACUACUACAUCCGUUUAAUGAACUGUGUGUACACUAAUUGAAGACUGUCUGGGCUGGACCAUUCCACGGUACUCACCAAUCCUUAGAAUUACUUAACUUGCCACUACAUUUUCAAACCAGAAACAUCUAAAUCGACAAAAUGUACAAUGUUCUGCUCCAGUUAUAUGAUUUUCAGUGAGUUCGCCAUAGAAGACAACUGUACGGUACCCAUUUCAGGAAUCACUGUCCACUUCGUAGAUGCAAAAGAUUUAUCUCGGUUUCCUAAUAUUUAUGAGAGAUCAUCAGCCUUUUUCUAGACACUAAUAUACCCAUACUCUGGGAAAUGAUUGGUUUGUGCACCAGACUUCUGAUAACUUUUCUAGCCUUUCAUAACUUUUCCGCACUUCAGAAAAUUCAAAGCCUAUACAAGGAAAUGGAAAUUCUUCAUUCACAAUAUAUUAUAAAAAUAAUUAAGAAUAUCUGCUUGACCUUACUAUGCAUAAUUUUACUUCUGCUUUCAAAAUGCAAGUUUUGAAACAAAAUGGAAUUAUUAUAAAACUAGGCUGUUGGAGGAUGAGCAAGAAGAGGAAAUAGAGGGAGCGAAGAAAAUGGUGCUUAGAUGAAUUGGAAUUGUAACCUCUUACAAGCCCACUAGAAGCCUUCAUCGGAUGUGUCUCACAAUUUCCAGCUCUUACCUGCAGCCUAAGGUUGAAAACUGAAGAGUUCAGAAGGCCACAUCCCGCUCUAGAUCUUGGCUUUGCUCUGGGUCUUUACAGAUCAAACCCUUAGACAUGUAAAGAAGGAAUCCUGUUUGUACAAGUAAGUUGACAGGCGGUGGUAGCAGACAUGCUGUGCUGAGCGUGUCCCAGUGAAGAUACUAAGUGGCAGUGUCAUGCUGUCUCAAGUGGGAGCCCCUCACGGUUGCAUUUGCCAGGAAGUUUAAAAAAAAUUGUCAUAGAGGAAAGCAGUGGAGUAAUGAAGGGAAAGCAUUUUAUUCUGAACAGCUCGCAGGAUGCAUGUUGUUAAGCAGGAAAGAGCCUUAAAGGGCAGUUCCAGUGAAUGGGAUUUCAGAGGAUGUCGAUUGUACCUUCACUCUUUCUGGGAUCAUUGCCAGGAUUUGAUCUAUGGAAGGAAGCUGAAACCUCAGUGUAGAUGGUUGGCCAGGUAUUGAAGAGCUCUCAUGGAGAGCUUUCCUGGAGAAGAGAGACCACUGAGGCGAUAAUACACAAGAAGGCAAAUGUGAAGCUGAAUUGUAAGGUUUGGUCUUAGGUGCUUCUACCUUUUCCUAAAAUGGGGUAUUGUAAGUACAUUUAAUGGGAAGGAUAUGCCUAGUUGCAGAAAUAAAAAAUGUGGUCUAUGAGAGCAACUGUGUGCCACGUAGAUGAACUACCAAAAUUGGGAAAUGAGGUCGAUUUAUCCAAGCGAUGUGGUUCUGAAUUGCUGAUUUAUUUUUAAAAUCAUCUCUGUUUUCUGUGAGAGGAAAAAUACAAAGGGACUUAAGUUUUAGUGUUUAUCUCGGGCCUAGUGCACCACAUGUAUGCACAUCAUUUGAUUUUGGGGGAUAUUGAUUACUGUACUCGAUGACGGUUAGCUGAAUUUGUGAACUUAGGAGCAACUGGAAAAAUAGAGCUCUAUCUAUGCCAUGGUGCCAGAUCUGAUGGCCCUUUCAUACAGGCAAGUUAUCAAGCGAUGAGCAUGCAGGUGUGAACUAGGCUUAAGAAAAUAAAGAGAAGACAAUUGCUUCUAUGGGGCUCAAAGUAGCACUUUCCAUACAAAUGCCAUACUGAAAGAGGCGAUUGUUUGAUAAGCAUGAACUGCAACUGCAAAACACAACAGAUUGUAUCAGUUUCUACUUUCCACCCUGAGUUAUUGGAUAGUUUUGCUUUGCCACAUUCACAGUGUGUUCUUCCAUAAGGGCCAAUGACACUGCAACACUUUGUAAAUAGUACUCUAGUUUAUCCAAAUCUCUUUUUUCUUGGAUAUCCCCUCCUAGACCAUUCAGAUGAAUGAAUUUGUACUGUAUGUAAAUAUUUUUAAAGGAAAGAAUGUCACAGAAGUAGGCAAAAUGAAAUAUAUUAAGCAUUUUAUACUUAAUAAUUUUUUCAUGAAGAAUAUAUAUUUUGUAGACAGCAAAAGCCUAUGCAUCAAAAUGUACAAAGAACACUACCCCUCCCCAAACCAAAACCAAAUGGUUAUGUCCUGUCACUUCAGUCUGCUUAAUUGGAAGCAAAUAUGGUUAUGAUAAGAGAUAAAUGUUUUUUCCUGGC